GUCCCUAGAGACCGAAUUGGAAGAUUUGGACAAAUAUGUAGAUAAGGAGACUGUAGUUGACUUAAUACAUGAAAUAAUUCCCUCACUGAUUAAUGAAAAAGGUAAGGGUCCCUCCUAUUCUUACGAGACACCCGAAGUAUCCGAUUCAGCUAAGACAUAUGAGGUAAGAGUAAGAAAGGCCGUUCCUUAUAAGCAAUGA